CUGUGGCGCCUGCACGGCUCAUAGGUCUCCAGGACCUCUGCGACGGGGCCGUCCGCAUGUGGGCUGCCGGUCGCGCCUGUCAGCCGAUGACCUGACGCCUUGGUCUCAGAUGCAGGGGCGGGGAGUGUUUUGGGAGGGAGGGGAGGGAUGAGAGGGCUUCCGCGUGUGUGUCAUGGCCGCAUCAGACGGCGAGGCCACCAUCGGCUGGUGGUGGGACGGGAUAGCAGGUGGGAAGAACGGCACGCCAUCCUGAUGAGUCGGAGAGAAAAAACCACCGAUCCAUUGACAAUGGUAUGUGUUUGGUUUCUCUCUCUCUCUCUCUCUCUAUCUUGUCCACCUGCAGAUCCUCGACGCCAAAGGAAGUACUCAUGUCCAUCUGAGAGAUCAAUCCAACCAUCCAUUCAAUCAAUCCGACGCGUCAGACACGUAAGGCAUGUCUGUCUGUCUGCCUGUCUGCCUGUAUGCGCACUCCUGUGUCAUCCAGCCCCAGCAAAGGCGGCCCCUCCAAAUCGACGGCAACAGGCAAAAGAUGCGACCUCAGCUUUUUGCCCUCCCGCUCCUCCUUGUAGGGGCCCGUCCUCUUCUUCCCUCUCCCUUGCCUGGCCUCCUGGGACUUUGGCAAGAGGGUGUUUGUGGACGAGCGCGAGGGGCCUUUGUGCGUUGGCAGGUGCCGCGGAUGCCUUGUGGUGCCCGCUGCCGUCAUUGCAGGCUGGCCAUGAUGGGCGAAAGCGGCGCUCGCGGCCAGCGGAAAGGCCACGCCGCUGGAU